AUGAGGUGGUGCAGCGAGGGUAUGACAUUGUCGCUCGCUCCUCCUCCUCCUCCUCCUGUAGGUUUAUUCGGCAAUAAUAAAAGUGGGGUGUUUCAAUUUCAAAAGCCUUUCUUAAAAUUCAAAUUCAACAACUCCUCUCUUCUCGUUCAUCGGAACCCGCCGUUGGCUGCUCAACUACAAGCGUCAAGUUCAAGGGAUUUUGUUGUCGUUAAUUUCUACCAUUUUGUGUUCAUCAAAAACCCACAACAAUUAGUCGCCAAACACCUAUCUUUCUUGGAAUCUGAGGGUCUAGACAUCAAUGGAAGAAUUUAUUUGAAUGAACAAGGGAUUAAUGCGCAGUAUAGUGGGCCAUCCAAAGACGCUAUCACUUAUGUCAAUUGGAUAAAAGAGGAUACCAGGUUUUCCGACAUCCUCCUUCAGAUAACUCCAUCACAAACUGGACACACCUUUCCAUCAUUGAAGUUGCGCUAUAAGCCUUCAUUAGUACAGUUUAAAGGUGGCAUAUCAGAUCUUCCAUUGCUCGAUCCUUCAAUGCGGGCGUUACCUUUAUCACCUUCAGAAUGGAGAGAUAGAUUACAAGCCAUCAAUAAAAAUGAUCCGCAUUCAAAAGAUUAUUCCAACAGAAAUAACAUUAUAUUAGAUGUUAGAAAUGGUUAUGAGUGGGACAUUGGACAUUUUCGUGGGGCUCAACGGCCUAAUGUGGACUGUUUUAGGAGCACUUCAUUUGGAUUGUCUCAAGAAGAGAUCACUGCUUCAGACCCUUUGUCAAAUGUAGAUAAAGAAAAUGCAAACAUAUUGAUGUAUUGCACAGGAGGGAUUCGCUGUGAUGUGUAUUCUACAAUACUGAGGCAGCAUGGAUUUCAGAAUUUGUAUACUCUGAAGGGAGGUGUUUCUCACUAUAUAAAGAAUGAAGGUGCUGCAGAAUGGAUAGGAAAUUUAUUUGUAUUUGACUCCCGAUUGUCUCUCCCUCCUCCUGUGACCAUUCCUGAAGGUAGGAGGACUCCAGUUUCUAGAGAUGAUAAGUUUGCCAAAUGCUACAUAUGUAAUGUAGAAGUCAGUGAACUGAGACAUCGGAAUUGUGCAAAUCUUGACUGUAACUUGCUUUUUCUAUGCUGCAGAAAUUGUGUAGAGGAUCUAAAAGGAUGUUGUUGUUUGACUUGUACUACUGCUCCUAGGCUUAGACCUGCUUUAAUUGGAGAGCAAAGAUACAAGAAAUGGCACAUCUAUCGUGACAUGGAUUUGCAAGGCAAGGGGAAUUGA